AUGAGCCAACAAGGCUAUGUUGCAGCUCCUCCAUAUUCCCAAUCCCAGCCAGGAAUAGGAGGCUUUUCCGCAGGUUUUGGACCACCUAAUUCUUCACUUCAUUAUGGGCAUUACGGGGACCCUAACUCCUCAUACUCAGCACCUCAACCAGCUGUGUCGAAGUCAACUGCGCCUUUUGGAUCUUCAGCUCCUGUUGGGCCUCCACCACCUGGUACACAUCAAUUCAGCCAGACCAACUUCCAAAAUGGGCCCAGUACACCAGGGCAACAGCCACAUAGGUUUCAAGGCCCUCCACCUCCAAGCAAUACAGGACCUUCCUAUCCUCCCUACAGUCAUCAGUCACAACCAGCCUACCCAAAUACUGCAGCCACUUCACCUACAGCGCAGCUUGCUAACCAGCUCAACAGCAUGCAGAUAAAUAGCUAUGGUCCUGGCGCUACUCCGAGCUCUCGCAUGUCUUCUGGGCAUCCGGCAUCUUUUCAGGGUCCACAACUACCACCACCAACCCAGCAGCCAAUCGCUUUACCACCUGGAUCACAGGUUCCUCCACCAGCAAAUAAUGUUAAUGGCCUUUGUGCUCAACCAUCAUUGCCUCCUACGGCCAGACAAGAUGGAAUCCCGGGUCCUGUCCCACCAAAUCCUAACUUGCAACAGCUUUCAGGACAGCCUCCAGGGCCUGGAUAUCAUCCUCAGCAAGCAAACUAUGGUCCUCAGAUGGCAGGAUCUCAACUGUCUUAUCCUGGUGCUUUUCCUGGGGGUCCGGCACAGCUCUCAAGUCUACAGCAGAAGAAGCUUGAUCCUGACUCUAUUCCAAGCCCAAUUCAAGUAAUUGAAAAUGAUAAGGCUUCUAGAGGAGGACAGAUCUAUGCUACAAACACAAGAGGACAGGUUCCUCCUCUUGUCACCACAGACUGCAUAAUCCAAGACCACGGCCACGCCAGCCCUCGCUAUAUCCGAUGUACUACCUACUGCUUCCCAUCAUCUUCAGAUAUGGCCAAACAGGCUCGCAUUCCACUGGCAGCUGUCAUCCAGCCUUUUGCUAUUGUUCCACCAAAUGAGACACCUCUUUAUGUUGUAAACCAUGGUGAGACUGGACCAAUCCGAUGCAACAGAUGCAAAGCUUAUAUGUGUCCCUUCAUGCAGUUUAUUGAAGGUGGAAGAAGAUACCAGUGUGGAUUUUGUAAUUGUAUAAAUGAUGUCCCUCCAUUCUUCUUUCAACAUCUGGACCACAUUGGCCGACGGGUAGACCACUAUGAAAGGCCUGAGCUAUCUCUGGGAUCUUAUGAGUAUGUUGCUACUUUGGAUUAUUGCCGAAACAACAAGCCUCCAAAGCCACCAGCUUAUAUCUUCAUGAUUGAUGUAUCAUACAGAAACAUAAACAGUGGCCUAGUUAAACUCAUAUGUGAUGAACUGAAGACUCUGCUAGAUAAACUUCCAAGAGAAGAGCAAGAAGAAUCCUCAGCAAUUCGAGUUGGUUUUGUCACUUACAACAAGGUCCUCCACUUCUUUAAUGUAAAAAGCAGCUUAGCUCAGCCUCAGAUGAUGGUGGUCUCAGAUGUUGGAGAAGUUUUUGUUCCUUUGCUGGAUGGUUUCCUUGUUAACUUUCAGGAAUCACGAUCUGUUGUUAUCAACUUGUUGGACCAGAUUCCAGAGAUGUUUGCAGACACUAACGAGAGUGAGACCAUCUUUGCUCCUGUCAUCCAGGCUGGCAUGGAGGCGCUGAAGGCUGCAGAAUGUGCUGGAAAAUUGUUUGUCUUCCAUUCUUCAUUGCCAACUGCAGAAGCACCAGGGAAGCUGAGAAACAGAGAUGACAAAAAACUACUCAGUACAGAUAAAGAAAAGACACUCUUCCAGCCCCAGGUAAAUUCUUACGAGGCCUUAGCCAGGGAUUGUGUGGCUAAUGGCUGCUGCGUGAAUUUGUUCCUCUUCCCAAACCAGUACGUGGAUGUAGCCUCCAUGGGUCUUGUCACAGUGUACACUGGGGGAACAUUGUACAAGUACAACAAUUUCCAGCUUGAUGCCGACAGCCCACAGUUCUUAAGUGACCUCAGGAAGGACAUAGAAAAAAAGACCGGAUUUGAUGCAAUAAUGAGGGUUCGGACAAGUACAGGCUUCAGGGCUACGGACUUCUUUGGUGCUAUUUACAUGAACAACACCACAGACGUAGAGAUGGCAGCAGUUGACUGUGACAAGGCAGUGACAGUGGAGUUCAAACAUGAUGAUAAACUGAAUGAAGACAAUGGAGCCUUAAUUCAGUGUGCUGUCCUUUACACAUCAAUAAGUGGGCAAAGACGACUUCGCAUACACAAUAUAGGUUUAAAUUGUAGCUCCCAGUUAGCUGAUGUCUACAAGACUUGUGAGACCGAUGCACUGAUCAACUUCUUUGCUAAGUCAGCUUUUAAAGCCAUUCUAAGCCAACCACUGAAGAUGGUCAGAGAGAUCCUGGUGAAUCAGACGGCUCACAUGCUGGCGUGUUACAGGAAGAACUGUGCCAGCCCGUCGGCAGUAAGCCAGCUCAUCCUUCCGGAUGCAAUGAAGGUGCUGCCAGUGUACAUGAACUGUCUGCUGAAGAGCUGUGUGCUAGUUGGCAGACCAGAAAUUCCAACUGAUGAGAGAGCUUACCAUCGACAGCUGGUCACGUCUAUGGGGGUAGCCGACACACAGUUGUUUUUCUAUCCCCAGCUUCUGCCAAUUCACAGCCUGGAUCUGAAGAGUGACGCUGUCCCGGCUGCCGUCCGCUGCUCCGAGGAACGUCUCUCAGAAGGAGGGGCCUUCCUUCUGGCCAACGGUCUGAGUAUGUUCCUGUGGCUGGGAGUCAGCACGCCCCCAGAGCUCAUCCAAGGGCUUUUCAACGUGCCGUCCUUUGCACACAUCAGCACAGAAGCGACAUCACUGCCUGACCUGGACAAUCCAUUUUCUAAGAAACUUAAGUCAAUACUGGAGCAUAUCCAGAGCCAAAAGCCCUACACUAUGAAGCUGAUUAUAGUGAAACAACGGGAGCAGCCAGAGAUGCUUUUCCGACAAUUCCUAGUAGAAGACAAGAGUAUUUAUGGAGGAGCUUCUUACGUGGAUUUCUUAUGCUGUGUUCACAAAGAGAUCUGCCAGCUGCUCAGUUAA